AUGCCCAAAACCAAAGCUAAGAUACGGGAAUUAUGUACCGUGACUCCAAGCUUCAUUGUGGCAGCAGCAGGUAUUUUUGUUCUUUCAGGCAACAAAGAGCUAGUCGAGAUUGGCAACAAAUCCCAAAUCUCAUACAAGGAGUACCAUAACUACUACUGUCAAUCUCUGACAACUGGCGGCACCUGGGCAGACAGCAUCUUUACCUUCUUCAAUAAUUCCCUUUUUGCUACUUCUUCCUCUGUGGCUGCUCUAUGCUCAGAUGUCAGGGAUGUGAAUGGUCCGCAUGAUAUGUGGGAAGAGGACUUUGAGCAUGCAAUGGAAAUAGGGGAGGAUGCCCCACUAUCAACUGUCAGUGUGGCCAAAGCACCUAUUCUCAUACCCCAAUCUAUAUCUACAGCUAUGCAAGGUCUUGCUGUGGCAGAUUCAGAGGAUGGCAUUGUUGAGCUACCACCUACAGCUGCACUUAACAAGGGCUCUGAAUUGCAGCCACCUGUCAACAAGCCUAUUAGUGCUCUCGUUCAGAAGCCCAAGCCCAAGCCAAGGCACAAAACCAAGGCUGGGGCUGGUAUUACUGAGGCUUUGUUAGGUGGUGCCAACAAUGAUAUGGCAUUGGUGUGA